UUGUGAUACGAGAUGGUGACCGGGGUGGGUGCCACGAUGCCGACCGGCGGGGUCACCGUCGGCGCUACGCCGCCGGCGCAGCACGUGCCCCAGGAGGCUGGACAGCCCCCUGCGCAAACCACCGCCACCACCGCAACCACCAGAAGAUCCGGCGAGAAUCGACGGAGUAACAAGCCGAUCAUGGAGAAACGGCGGCGAGCCCGCAUCAACAACUGCCUAAACGACCUGAAGACCCUCAUCCUGGACGCCAUGAAAAAAGACCCAGCGAGACACUCGAAGCUGGAGAAGGCCGACAUCCUCGAGAUGACUGUGAAACACCUGGAGACGCUCCAGCGUCAACAGGUUGCCCUGGCGGCGGCGACCGACCCGAACGUCUUGAACAAAUUCCGGGCUGGUUUCACGGAAUGCGCCGGCGAGGUUGGCAGGUUUCCCGGUCUGGACGCGUCGGUGAAGAGGCGUUUGAUGGCCCACUUGGCCUCCUGCCUCGGACCGGUCGAGGCGAGCAACGCGAACGGCCAGACGGCGAGCCAGCAGCCGGUGCAACCGGCGCCACCGACCACGCAGCUCCAGGUCCACAUCCUGCCGCAGGUGGACGCCACCCCGAGGAUCCAGGUCCAACAGUCGAACGGGAUAUUCUUCACGAACGCGAACGGCACGGGGCUUCAGCUGGUCCCGACCAGGCUGCCGAACGGCGACAUCGCGCUAGUCCUGCCGGCCGGAGCGAAGGCGACCCCGGUCACCUCGCCGGCCUCCUCGCCAGCCCCGACCUCGCCUCUGCCGACUCUGAUCCCGAUUCCUCAGAGAACGGCCAGCACGGCGUCCGCCUCCUCCUCGACCUCGUCGGCCAGCUCGACGUCCACGUCCGCGGCGAGUCCGGUCGCGUUCGAGGCACCGCCGGCCACCUUCCGCGAGCAAUCCGCCGCCUUCAACACCGGCAACAGCCACAGGGACGUCGCCACGUCGCCGGCCAACGGCUACACCAGUGACCCCGAGUUCGACCCCCGCGUCUACAGCCCGCCGCUCCAGAAACCGCUCGCCCUCGUCAUGAGGAAGAGCGUGGUCCCCGAGGUCGAGGACAAGCCGUGGAGGCCGUGGUAAAAUCGUGAUGUCGCGGGUGAUACGCGCGCGCGCGCGCGCCGUCGUCUUAAGACGGAAACAGUCUCGAGUGAAAUAUUAUAUUGUACAUGUUCUCCGACUGAAGACACGUGGAUCGGUCGUUCAGCACCGUGAAAGUUUACGGACACGGAUAUUGUUCCUUAUCGUAUUUAGGAUCGCGUCCUGCCAGCUAGGACACCCUCGGAACCGCGAGUUUUUUAGCACCCCGAGUGCGUACACGUCGGCCAGUAGCCUAUGAGGCAGUGCCUUAUACAGUGCCUUGUAAAUAGUUCUAUCGUAUCGUUGAGAGAAAGGGAGCGAGCGAAAGAGAGAGCGAAAGAGUGUGCGAGAGAAUGAGAGAGAGAGAGAGAGAGAGAGAG